AUGGCGCAGAUCAAAGGGAUCGAUGCCCAUGACCGCCCUCCUGAUAUCAUUCGCCAAUGCUACAAGAAAUACACCAGGCUCCCCCUGUCUGAAGUCGACAAUGACCCAGGAAUCAUUGAUCUUCAAAAAGUAGAUCCUGAAUCGGAAUCGCAAUCGCAAUUUCCUGCCGGCCUCACUCUCUCUCAAUACAUGUCUAGUCAGGAUCUUCGCCUCGCGUUCGAUGCUUUCAUACAAGGCGACCAUUCGGGGCAAUCAGUACAGUGUGAUACUCAUGCUCCCUUGGCAGAGAAUGUUCCCGUCUAUACCCAUGAUGCUAUUUCUGGUCUUCUGAUCAUCCCUGCCCUUUUUCCUCCUACCAUUCAAACCGAGCUUCUAUCCCGCUUGUUCCACCGAGAUCUCUCCAACCCCCUCCACAAGACCAACCUACACUUGCACUACGACGUCACCUACCCCGGAGGAUCGGAGGAUGUCGAUACUCGUACUACUACCACAAAAAGCUUCUUCUCAGAUGAUCCCACCCGCACGAUUCAGCCCAAAGACCUACAAGUGCACAAACCCUUGACAGUUCAAAAUGUUCUUGACAAGAAACUCCGCUGGGUUACUCUGGGUGGCCAGUAUGAUUGGACUGCGAAAGUUUAUCCCGAGGAAGCUCCGCCGCCUUUUCCACAAGACAUUGCUGAGCUCUUGCGGGCCGCAUUUCCACAAACCGAGGCCCAGGCCGCGAUCCUGAAUUUGUACUCAGCGGGAGAUACUCUGAGCGUCCAUCGGGAUGUAAGUGAGGACUGCGACGUAGGUUUGAUCAGCGUCAGCUUUGGUUGCGACGGUCUCUUCUUGGUGAGCCACGAUGACGGAAACGGUUGCGAAGUCUUUCGGCUACGGUCGGGGGAUGCCGUGUAUAUGAAUGGAGCUUCUCGGUUUGCCUGGCAUGGUGUCCCGAAGAUAUUGCCGUCCACUUGUCCAAGCUGGUUGGCAGACUGGCCUUCGCCCGAAGGGGAUGAUGGGCCCGGUGCUGCGUCCGACCCUUUUCCCAUGUGGAAAGGCUGGAUGUCUGGUAAAAGGGUCAAUCUGAACGUACGACAGAUGAUCAAUCCUCCAAAGCCAUGA